AUGGCUCAGCUGGGCGCAGUGGAUCACGCUUGUCAUCCCAGCACUUUGGGAGGCCAAGGCGGAGGAUCACUUGAGGAGGUGAGGGACAUUGGAGAGAGGCGGGAGCCAGACCGUGCGCAGCAGCAGCCUCAGAAGCCCGCGGUGGCUGCAGGGACACAGAGCCUCGGGAACUUCCGGCAGGGCUUCAUGAAGUGCUUGCUGGAGGUGGAGAAAAUGGAGGCCUCCCAUCGGAGAGCCUCGAAGGCCCGGUCCCAGACAGCCCAGAAAUCGCCCAGGACCCUGACCCCGGCGCCCACCUCAGCCCCAAGCCUGCCUCAGACCCCUGCCUCGGUCCCUGCCAGCGGCCCAUCGUGGGCCCGGCUGCCAGCUCCUGGGCCAGAGCCUGCCCCCAUGGGAGCCCCGGUCCCCACCUCCAUGCCUUGCCCUGUCCUGCUGGGCCCUGCCCUGGACCUGGGCUGGAGAAGGAUGGAACUCUUGCACCAGAGCAGCGAGAGAACCCUGAGCUACGCCAAGGCGCGGCAGGAGCCGGAAGAGCAGAGCCUCCAAAAGCUUUAUCAAAACCGGGAGAAGUCUGAGGAGCAACUGACCCUGAAGCAAGAGGAAGCCUUCCACAGCUACUUUGAGAUCUUCAGUGGCCCUGGUGAGGUGGAUGCACAGAGCCUGAAGAAUAUCCUGCUCCUAAUGGGCUUCUCUGUGACGCCGGCCCAGGUGGAGGACGCCCUGAUGAGUGCUGAUGUCAAUGGAGAUGGUCAUGUGAACUUCAAAGACUUCUUGGCUGUGAUGACAGACACCAGGCGCUUCUUCUGCUCUGUGGAACAGAACGCCCUGUCGGACAUGGCUCCCCACAACCCCCACACUCUACUCUUUGAGAUCCUGUCCCUGCUGGUAGAGAUGCUGGCCUUACCAGAGGCAGUCUUAGAGGAAAUCACAAACUACUACCAGAAAAAGCUGAAGGAAGGCACCUGCAAGGCCCAGGAGAUGGAAGCGGCCAUAGGCCGGCUGCGGUUGCAGAAGAAGCUUGCCUACAACCCCCAGCAAGAAGAGAGCUCAGAAGUCCUAGAACGAAAGGUCCUCAGUAUCCUGAGCCGGCUGAAGCAGCAGAACUAUGCUCCCAACCUGCAGAGCCCCUAUGCCCAGGUGCCCUGCAUCCCACUCUGCCCACGGCUGGACAAGAAGAUGGUCCGUAGGCAGCCGAGCAACCACUAUGCACUAGACCAGUGCACACCCCCUGGCCUGGAUCCUGACAUCCGCAGCCCCUUCUUCCAGUCAGGAUCUCAAGGAAACAGGGAACACAACUCUGACAGCAGAAAGUGGCUCAGCUCUGUGCCAGCUCGAACCCACCGACCCUCUGGAGGCCUGACUCUAGGCAGCUGCUCAAGGCCUGAAGACAGAUGGGCCACCAGGCAGGAGCUGCUGCUGGGAUUUGCUUUUGUGGCCUGGUGAGCUAAUAAACACCAAUAACUUCAGCCUCUGUGCCUCUUGCCAAGAAAGGCCCUCAAGUUGUCACCCAGCCACCACUGGGCUCUCAGAGUGCAGGGUUCCACCUCAAAGCCCUGCCCGGGGUUGGGGUUUCUGCUACAGGUGCCCCUGCGUGCAGUCUUGACCUUCUGUGCCUUCUCAAAGCACAGGGCUAGGCCUCUCCUCAGGUGAGCACUUCCCCCUCUGGACUGGGAGCCCCACAAAAGCAGCCAUUCUCUCUCUCCACUGGCUCUAAGACAGGCCCUGUGGAAGAGCAGGAGGUGGCCUCUGCAUGCUCCCCCGACAGAGCCCCAGGACCCAGGGCUCUCAUUCUCUGGGAGCCCCAAGAGGGGUGGGUCCUUUCCCCUCAACCCACAUACCAUCCGGCCUCGUGUUUUACCAAAGACAGUCUUUCCCUGGGACUGGGCAGAGGGAAACCCCCCAGGGUUAAAUAAGCGGCCACAGCAAGAGGUAGAGGGCAGGGACUGAAAUGAGGACAAAGAUCUGACAAGUUUAAAACAUGUAUUUAAAAUACAAUUUAUAAAAUGCUUAAUCUGCCGACUCAGGAGCCCGCGGUGCAGGGUGGGGUGGGAGUGGGCAGCUGCCCGCUACACCAGCAGAGUAAGACUGCAGGGGUGCGGCCCUCCCUCCCAUGCCCUUCUGUUCAGACACCCAAGGGGCCCAUGUGCACCCCUGGGAUCACACGACCAGAAAACAGGACCCCAGAGGUUUCUUGAGUCUCUGCUUACCAGGGAGGCUGGGUACAGCCCUGCCGGCCCAUCCCUGAGCAGGGCACCCCCAGAUGGGGCAGAGCAGGGUAUGGCUGGGCAGGGCAGGGCUAGGCGGGGCAGAUGGGCUCUGGAAGGGGCUGAUGGUAGCAGAUAGGGUGUUGCCUCCUGCCUGCAGGUGGGGAGCACCCUGAUUGAGUGGGCUGAGAAAGGUUGGUCACCAGGCCUGGACCCCCCAGCUCCUUUGGUUAUAGGCUGACAUCAGAGUAGUGGCUCAUGGGAAGCGGUUAGCUGGAAGGUCUGAGGCCUGGCCCAUGGGGUCAGGGAGGAGCUGGGGGAAGGGGACAGUACCAUGAAGGCAGAUAAAGGGGCAGCAGCCUCAGGUUUCUGCCCCCCAUCCCCCUGGGGUUUUCCAAGCCAAAGCCUGCAACUUACUUUAAAAAAGAAAAGGAAAAAAAGCACUUAGGAAAGUUACAGACAACUACCCCCAAAAAAUACCCUCCCACACACAAAAUCCAAACCGUUUCCUCAUCUCCCUCCCACCUCCCCCGACACAAUACAGUUUCCUGUUUUCUUUCUUUUUAAAAACGUUGCCUGCUACCUCUCCAUUUGGGAAGCCCAGGGCAUGACUGCUGGUGGGUGGUGACAGGCACACAGCGGGCAAAGCCCAUCUUUGGCCAGAGGGAGGUGGGAGGACCAGUCCCUGCCACAUCCUCAAUCCACAGACACCCACCAGCCAGCCUUUACUUUGGCCUCCCACUAGAGGAUAGUGGGGCAAGAACAGGUGGUCCCAAUGGCUGGGCAAUCAGCACUUCUGGCCUUCCCACCUGGACUACCUCUAUACCCUUCUCCAAUUAAAAGGAAAGUCUCACUUUGGGCGGGAAACCACUACUACAUGAGGGAUGGACACUACACAUUUAGAAUGUGGACACUUGGUUAGGGCAGUGGAACUAUAAAGAUAGCAGCCAAUUUUCUUCCUUGCCUUCUCCUGAAGGUAAUCCUCCCUCUUACUGACUGAAGCUCUGGUUCCAGCUCUGCUCAUGGGCAAUGCCUGGCUUUACAGUUAUAAGGCUGUGCUAUGGACUAGCUGCUGACUCAGCUGGCAGCUGGCCCUUCCUCCGGAGGAGAGGACGUGGUGGGGCAUGGCUUGCUGGGCCUGGCCUACCAUUCCCACAGGGAACCAACGGUGGAGUGAGCCUGUGAGACUCAGCUUGCCACCUUGGCCACCACGUGCUGCCCUCAUCACAAAAACCACACCAACCACUCCGAAACGUAUCUGCUGGUCAGGAGCAGGGAGGCUGUCUGGCUGGCUGAGGGAUAAGGCGCAGUGCAACGGAAGGGAUCAGGAAGCCUGAGAGGAGCCAGGUACACACAGAGCCGCUCUGGGCAGCUGCCCUCUUAGUCUCUUCCACCUCAAGGAGCCAAAGCAAACCCCAGGCUCCAGGGACAGAGGAUAAACUGCCUUCAUUCCAGGC